GUGAAAGUAUGGGGGCUUCAUAUUCAUUUCCAGAAAAAUAGACACAUUUCCUUAUUCUGUAGCUUCCGUCGUUCUCUCUCUCUCUCUCUCUCUCUCUCUCUCUCUCUCCCUUCUGCACCGACUUCCGCCAUCAAGAAUUUCUCUGACCCAAUACCCAUCGUCGAACUUCACCAUGAGUCACAAUUAGUUUGUUCUCUUUCCGACCACCCAAAUAAUAGUGGAUUGAUUUUGAAUUGGUCAUUUUUAAAUUUCAGAAUCUCAAACUUGUGAAAUAGCCAACAGACUGGUUUUCUCUGAUGGGGUCAGAAGAAAAAGAUGCAUCUAAAGCGCUUAAUUGGAAAAGUAUUGGUGAGCCAGCUGGCGGUGAUGGCGGCGGUGAUGGAGCAGCUGUAAAGAAACGACUCCCUAAAAAGAUAAGGCAAAUUCCGGAUUAUUAUUUCCUCCCUCGAAAAUCUCGACCUUCUGCAAUCUUCUUUUAUGGUUCAUGGAUUGCUGCUGGAAUUGGUGCCGGCAUGCUCACCGAAAUUUGGAUUAACAAAAAAGUCAAAGAGGAUGGAGGUGUUAUCUGGGAGUUUGACAAAUAAAAAGCUUCACCGAGUUCACAAUAACUUCCUUGUUCGGCUUAUCAGUUAGUUUUAAAUUUUUAAUCCUUAAAUUUUAUUGUUUGGUCAAUGCCAGAUUUUGUUGCUUUUUGUGGUUUUAUUGUUAUUUUAUAUCCAUCUAACCUCUAUUUUGCGGAUGUGGUGGAAAAAUUACCCUGAGCGCUAACACACUGUUUCUUUUUCCCCGAUUUGUAUCUAGCUUUUUAUGCUGAUUCAUAAUAUGUUUUUGUCUGAGAACUCUCAUGUGAUUUUUUUUUACGA